AUGGUCGUGGCUCCAUUGUUGCGCUUCCCCGGGGGGAUGCGCUGUAUGAGCUCCAACUUGUAUAAAACGCAGACCAAUAUUGCGAGCGGAAACACAAGCUCCUCACUCAAGGGUCUUAGGUCGAACUACACCCAUCUAAGAAACUUCUCAGCAACACCUGGAACAUGGCAGACGGAAGUUUUGGAUCGGACCCGAAAUAUUGGCAUCAUCGCCCAUAUCGAUGCCGGCAAGACCACCACCACUGAACGCAUGUUAUUCUACAGUGGCUUCACAAGGCGUAUCGGAGAUGUGGACGAAGGAUCCACCGUGACCGAUUUUCUGCCUGCUGAGCGUGCACGUGGUAUCACCAUCCAGUCGGCUGCCAUCACCUUCCAUUGGCCUCCUGGAGAGGUAGAUGGCUCGACACUUAAGCAGGCUGGACCCGAUGGAGCACCAAUUCCACGUUCUGCUUCUCCGCAUACCAUUAAUUUGAUCGAUACACCCGGUCAUGCGGACUUCACUUUUGAAGUGAUGCGCUCUCUACGGAUUCUCGACGGCGCAGUCUGCAUUUUGGAUGGUGUUGCUGGUGUUGAGGCACAGACGGAAAAGGUCUGGAACCAGGCAAGCACAUAUAAAAUUCCUCGACUCAUCUAUGUGAACAAGCUCGACCGUGAUGGGGCCGCUUUUGGUCGCACAGUACGAGAAGUCAGCUCUCGCUUGGGUGUCUAUCCGGCAGUAUGCCAAAUUCCGUGGUUCGAGGGCGGCAAUGGUCCCUUUGUUGGAGUCGCAGAUGCAAUCCAUCUCCAAGGAAUGAGAUGGAAGGAGGGAGAGGAUGGCCGAGCUGUGAAGAUGGUCGGUCUCCAACAGCUAGAGGCCGAGGAACCAUCGUUGGCCGAAGAAUUGCGGCGUGCACGCAUUGCAUUGGUCGAGCUGCUCAGCGAGCAAGAUGAGACCAUUGUUGAAAAAUUCUUCGAAUGCGAGGAAGACCAUCUUGCAGUCUCAUCCGCUGAUAUUAUCGAGGGUCUGCGUCGCUGUGUGUUGGAUCAAAGCAGCCGAAUCGUUCCUCUCUUCGCAGGUGCCAGUUUCCGGAACAUGGGAGUUCAGCCAUUGUUGGAUUCUAUCGUGAACCUUCUCCCCAGUCCACCAGAAGCCCCUGAUCCAGAAGUCAGCAUUGGCGGUGUCAAGGGUGGCCUGCGGAGACUAUUGUCUGGAGACCUGAUUGUUGAGCAGAGUGAGCAGGCCGCUGCGCCAUCAAAAGGCAAGCAGCACAAAAAGAAGAAAUCAGCAUUGCAUUUAGACUCCAAAGACGCCAUCUCCAAACUUCAAAGUUGCGCAUUGGCAUUCAAAGUGGUCAAUGAUCCAAAGCGCGGAGUUCUAGUCUAUGUACGAGUAUAUUCCGGCUCAUUAGACCGCAACAGCCUACUCUUCAACACAAACCUGCAUAUUUCUGAGCGUGCUCCGCGUCUACUCAAGAUGUAUGCUAACGACGCAGUGGAAGUGGACUCGAUUCCCGCUGGACAUAUUGGAGUGGUAGUCGGACUUAAGCAAACCAGAACUGGCGACACCCUCGUAUCAUACGCAGGAAACAAACCCAUACCCCCAGAGCCACUUACUAGUCUCCAGCUGCGACCUAUUGCAGUUCCACCGCCCGUUUUCUUCUCCGGUGUUGAACCUCAUAGCCUGAGCGAAGAAAAGCGUAUGCACGAGUCACUUGCACUCCUCCUACGUGAAGACCCUAGUCUGCACGUCACCAUAGACGAAGAAUCAGGACAGACUCUCCUGAGCGGUAUGGGAGAAUUGCAUCUCGAGAUCGCUCGCGAUCGACUUAUCAAUGACCUCAGGGCCAAGGCCUCAAUGGGCCGCAUCGAGAUCGGAUACCGCGAAUCAGCACUCGGCACAUCAAACCCCAUAACCAAGAUCUUCGACAAAGAAGUCGCAGGCCGCAAGGGUAAAGCAGGCUGCACAGCAGUAGUCGAACCACUAAGCGAUGACGCCUCGCCCGCAGAAGCCGACCAUGACACGCUCCUCGUCGAGACAUACGAUGGCAACCAGAUCAUCAUCCGCGCCCCAGGUCUCCAAGUCGAACACACGCGUGAUGAAGAAACAAGCCCAUUCCUUCCACCAGGUAUGGAUCUCAUCACUUUGCGAUUAUCAAUUCAAAACGGAGCCAUGGCAGCCCUUGCUCGGGGCCCGCAAUUUAUGUUCCCAAUGCAUAAUACAAAAGUCACACUCACCAUCGACCCAACCGCCCACCUCUUCGGCAAUGAAACAACAUCAUCUGCGCUCUCCGCUGCUGCACGACAAGCCACCUCCGCCGCAUUGAAGGAUGUGCAAUCUGGCGCCGGCACGUCGAUGAUGGAGCCAGUGAUGAACGUCAUCAUUAGCGUGGAUGAGGCUAGUCUCGGUUCUGUCGUGCACGAUAUCUCUUCUUCGCGGGGUGGGCAUAUUGUCUCUCUCGACGAGGAAGUUCCUCUUUCGGUGACGGAUACGUCGCCGACUUCCGAAUCUGCCAUUGAGGAAGAGCAGUUACCUCCUAUUGAUCCGAAGCGUGUUUACGCACCGGCCGAUCCAUUCGAGACUCCUUCUGUCGGAGCUGAGAUUCCUGUCUCUGCUGCUCGGCCGCGUACUAUCACUGCUAAGGUGCCGCUUAAGGAGAUGGUUGGGUAUUUGAAGCAUCUGCGUAGUUUGACUGCUGGCCGAGGUACUUUCGUCAUGAGUGUCGACCGAUUUGAGAACAUGUCUUCUCAACGACAGAAGUCUGUUCUUGCCGAGUUGAGAGGAGGAUUCUAA